CUCAUCUCAACCUCGCCAGACCCAGACACCCACCACCCUCCGCCUCCAUGCGCGCCACCUCCAUCCUGCGCAAGGCCAGCAAGGCUGCGACGGCCGCGGCAGAAGCGCCGCAGCGCCUCUCGAAGACGGCGGCGAAGCGCACGCCCUUCCUCCCGCAGGGGCAGGCGCCGCGCGCCACCCUCUCCUCCCUCAUCGGGCUGCACCACGAGGCGGCGACGUUCAUGCGCGACCCCGAAGAGAUCACGACCGCAUUCGAAAGCACGUUCCGGUACCAUGUGCCGCAGUUCCAGAGCUACAGCGCGUUCCGGGCGGCGGCGUUGCGCGCGCGCGAGGAGCACGCGACUGGCGGGCUUGUCAACUUCGCGACGCGCAGCCCGGGCGGGCACGGCGCGCGGCGCGCCGUCGGCAUCGGCGGCGAAGACGACCUCCCGGAUCAGGCGCAGGUCAAGCGCAACGUAUUCCGGCCCUCGCGGGGGUGGGUCAAGUCGUCGCGUAUGGCGGGCGAGAUGUCGGAGCGCGAACUCAAGGUCAAGGAGGCGUUGUUUGGGACAUGGGAGCGCGCACAGGACGGCGUGCCCCGGCCCGCGCUCGAUGGUGUUGUCGACGUUCUCGAGGCGCGCGGGCUGUCCGUCGAGGAGGCGGCGAAGCAGUGGAAGAACCGCGAGUAAGCGCGCGAUACGAGACGGACCACGUCGAGCGCUCGCCAGGACCCGCCGAUAACCACAUACCCACUCGGACGCGCUUGCACUAUGAUAGUAG